AUGCAUAUCCUUCCCUUCGGAGAUAUUAAAUUCGAGGCCUUCCAACUGCUCUAUGUAACCCAUGAGCUGGACAAAAACAACGAAACCCAGGAGCUGGACAAAAAGAAGGCCACAUCUGUCACGACGAUUAUCGUCCCGCAAGGAGCCAACACCAGCCGGAUUCUGUCUUACCAGAUUGCCUACGAUUCGCCCGAUAUCAACUGCUCUCCCUCCUACGGGUUGCAGAAAGGCGCCAAUAAGGAGGCAGUCUGCAUACAGUGCACUCUGUACAGUGAACCUAAUGCGAAUGGCUACAAACAAGUAGUACAUAUUGAUGGUAGAUGCCGAAAACUGAAUCCUCGUCUAGUCGAAAAUUUAGGGUCCCUAUAUGUUGAAGAGGGCGCCUUUUGUGAUCUUUUUGAGGAUACACACUGUGAGAAAUACGUAUAUGAAGUCGAACCAACCGGGGAGGAUAAUCUCCUUGGUUCAGGUGUCGGAUAUAUCUCUAAUGCAGUUCGCUGUGGCUAUUUCAAUGAUGUCUAUAGGAUACAAGGGUUCUGA